GUGUCGUUGUUUCAACGCACCCCCCCCUUUCCCUCCGCCAGAAAAAAAGUAAGCGUUAAACUUCCGUUCAGUCUAUGUGGACUGAUGAAAUGUAGGAAAUCUGUUUCUGGCGAGGGAAAAAAAAAGGUUUCCCAAAGAGAGCACCAAGUAGAGAGAGAGAUCAGAAGUAUGAAGAGUGGCAGUAGUGCUGCUGCUGCCGGGCUGCUCAGGCGAGGAAAGCAGGACGGACUGCAAAGGAAGAGCUUUGGGGCAUCGCGCACAGAAAUUCCAGAAAUGAAUGUUUGCGUAUGGGAGAAGAGUUUAUGAAGGCAACAAAGGUAGCACCAGUGGUUAAAAGAUGUGCACCUCCCUCAGCCCAAAGGCCCGAGGCCCUGGCCUCUCCGAUAUGCACCAGUAUAGCCAGUGGCUGGCUAGCAGACAUGAGGCUAACUUGUUGCCGAUGAAGGAGGAUUUGGCCCUGUGGCUGACAAACCUGCUGGGAAAGGAAAUAACAGCUGAGACCUUCAUGGAGAAAUUGGAUAAUGGGGCUUUGCUCUGUCGGCUAGCGGAGACUUUACAAGAGAAAUUUAAAGAAAACUGCAUUGAGGUCAACAAGAUUGGAAAGAUAAUGCCGGUGAGGAGAAUCCCAUGCAAAGCCAAUGCACCACCUGGAUCCUUUUUUGCACGGGACAAUACAGCAAAUUUCUUAUCCUGGUGCAGAGAUGUGGGAGUAGACGAUACUUGUCUAUUUGAAUCUGAAGGUCUGGUCCUCCACAAGCAGCCCAGAGAAGUGUGCCUUUGUUUGCUCGAACUUGGAAGGAUUGCUGCAAGGUUUGGCGUGGAGCCUCCUGGAUUAAUAAAACUGGAGAAAGAGAUUGAGCAAGAAGAAACACUUUCAACCCCUCUUCCGUCCCCCUCCCCCUCCCCCUCAAAGUCGCCUGGCAAAAAGAGCACAGGGAAACUUCUGGAUGAUGCGGUCAAACAUAUUUCUGAAGAUCCUCCUUGUAAAUGCCCUAGUAAAUUUUGUGUGGAGCGUCUUUCACAAGGAAGAUACAGAGUUGGAGAAAAGAUCCUUUUCAUCAGGAUGCUGCACAACAAGCAUGUGAUGGUUCGCGUAGGAGGCGGCUGGGAGACGUUUGCUGGGUAUUUGCUGAAACACGACCCGUGCCGAAUGCUGCAGAUUUCCCGAGUGGAUGGGAAAACAUCUCCAAUCCAGAACAAGUCUCCGACCAUCAAGGAUAUGAACCCAGACAGCUACUUGGUUGUUUCUGCCCAUUACAAAACCAAAAAGGAGAUUAAGUGAAAUGUUCAUUCGGGACUCUGUAUAUGUAGGCCCAUGCUAUCUUCUCAAGUGUAGUUACAUUAGUUGGUGCUUUAAAAGGACUCCUGAAAAUUACAUGCAGACUGGAAAUGGCAGCCCAUUUUGUGGGUUGUUGAACUGUAGAACUAUUUAUUUCUAGUGCUGUUCCUUUUUAUAGCAAGUUACCCUCGAUAGGUUAAUUACUACAAUCUGAUUUUUAAAAAACAGACAUAUAUUUUUAGCCAAAUUAUUACUCUAUGAAUGUAUUCUUAGAAUGACUUAUGAGUCACAUUAAAGUAACAAAAUGUGAUAUAUUUGUACGGAAAACAUCUAUGAUUCUCAAUCAUUUGCCCUAAUUCAGAGCUCUGUGGUUAGCCUCAUUAUUGGCAUCCCAAAAGCUCCAGGUUCACCUCCAGUUAAAAAAAAGAAAAAAGCUGGGUAGCAGAUGAGAAAGACCUCUGUCUGAGACCUUGGAGAUAUAUUGCCAGUCGGAGUAGACACUGCUGGGCCAGAUAGAUAUAAGGCAGCUUUCCCUGUUCUGACACACACUGUGAACUCCUCUGUUUACAGGCUGCCUCAUUCAUAGAUGAGACCUGAUUUUUUUUUAAUGCAUUCUUCUGUGCACUUCAUCAACCCCCACCCCCCUGCAAUGAAUGGGAUACUCUUACAGGCAAGAGAAUGCCAUACUUGCAUCACAUAGCUCUAGGCCUAUCAGCAGCUGCUGUGCCAGUAUGUUUACUGCAUAAGAAGGUAGAUAACUGGUGGGAAAUGCCUGUAUAUUGUCUUAAUAUACGGCCUUUCCCAACUGGCGAAAGAAACAAGCAGCAAGCAUGUAUAGGUUUGAAAACAGAAGAGCAGCCUCCAUAGAAUGCAUGCAUGUGUGCUAUUGAAAGCUACCUUAAGAGUAUUUAUCCUCCUCCCCUGCUAUAAUCUGUUUUAAGAUGUUUCAAUAUGGUUCAUGUAUGCUUUUGGUUCCUAAGCUGCAUAUAACACCAGGUAUUGACGAGAUGGCAAUGCGCUGUUGGACCACAAGUCAAAUGCCACCUGGGAUUCCCCAUUCCCCUCACCCUGUACUCUCUAAACCAGUGAUGCUGUUGCAAAGCAAGCUCUCUCAAGUGACUGCAUCAGAGGUAUGCAUUAGGUGGAUC